UAACGGGACGGCUUCUUCUUCAAUAUAUAUACUCUGCCAGUUCCAUUGCAUAUCCAGGUGAAUGAGGAUUAGCUAAGACAACAGCGACGAGCUGAACAUGAGUUACCAACAGGCUUACAGAUAUUGGCAACACGAGAGAACAUCUAUGGCACCAGAAGCUUCAUACCAACAAAGACUCUCAGACAAUCACCCUAAUCCUAAUCCUAAUCCAAACCUUACCCCAAGCCAGCAGUACCCAACCUAUAGUGGUCCACAUCAUGUAAACCUGACCGGAGCCCAUCAAGCAAUAGAUAUGUACGAUUCCUUGUUUCCGACUGAGUCUUCAGCUGUGAUGAGAAAUACAGCAGAAGGGAAAGACAAUCAGUCAGACUAUCCAGGCUGGACAUCUACUCAUCAAAGAUUACCGAUGGGUGUAACUACAUCUGAAGCAUUAAGAAACCAAGGAAUGUCUUCAUUACACGACGGAUGUCAACCUGUAAUGACUCAGAUAAUGGCACAACCUACUCAUUACACACAUCAUAUGCAACCAGAGCCUACAACCCAUUCUACAUGUCAUCAACCAAUGCAUCAAACAGUAUGGGCACAACAAUCACUGUCGCAUCCACAACUACCAUCGUUACAUCCAAACAAUCAACAGUUACUAUUAAGUACUCAAGAAAAUGAACCUCAGCAGAAUGUAUGUGAGCCUACUGCACCAAGCGCACAAUACUACAGUAGUUCUUCAAUCGUUACACAUCCAGUAUAUAGAAAGCCACUUGGUGAGAAAGUGGCAAAUGAAGUGAGAUCUGAAGAAGGGGCUAAUAAUGGUGGUGUAAUCCUUAGUGGCGAUCGGAACUGUGAUACACCAAACAAAACACAGGAAAAUGGAUGUCACUAUUGCAAGUUAUGUGAUGUUGAGUGCAGUGGACCUCUCAAUCUUAAGAUGCAUCUUAAAGGAGCUAAACAUAAACGGAAUCUGCAGACCAAGGACCCAUCAUGCAACCAAGGAGCUGUUGGUGCUUGUAAGAAAAGGUCUAAAAGGAAUGGCUUAAGACGUGGAGGAUUUGUCCCACUGUGCCACAACCAGAAAGACAGACCUAUCAUUGGUCUUGAUUUUGUGACCCGGGUGGUAUCACCUGACGCUAAUGAUGACACCUAUGAAUGCAGCCUAUGUGAUAUAUCAGAUAUAUCGAGAAGACGCAUCUAUCUACAUGUCAUGGCAAAAACACACAGGCAGGCUUAUAUCAAGAAGCUGAAGCCUGAUUUAGCGGAGCAAUACUGCACAGUGGAAGACGUUUACAAACAGAAUGAGAAGUUACAGAAGCGUGAGUCGGUUGAUUUAGCGGUAUUAUUGAAUAGUAUUAUCAAGAUAGCAGCUAAGAGAGAUGGACCUGGUCAGACAAACAUCAGACUCAGUAGUGAGAGAGAGAGUGAUGUAGAGGAUGAGCAGCAAGAUGAUAUGAUGGAUGAUGUUGAGAUCCCUUUUGCUAGUCCUCCAGACAGCCAGACAGAUGAGGCAUCAUCUCCAGACACACCAUCAAUGGAUGACGCUACACCAUCCAAUACCUCACAACCCUCAGCUCAACUCACUUAUCAAUCCAAAGCAACUUUCCAGCCAAGUAAGAAAUCAACAGAAGCAACGCCUCCUCCAUCCCAAGCGUUCUCAUUUGAGGUAGUAGCUCCUAACCUACAGACAUCUUCAAGUGAUAUUCCAGACGUAUUAACCUCAAAGCAACCGUCGAUGGGCGUUGGUCAGUUUCAGCAAGAUGCUUCUAUCUCAAAUGAUAAACAGUCCACUUCAAUGAGGCAUUCAAAUGUCUCAAAAACAAUGCCAUCCACAGCUUUCAGUCAGGUUUCACCUAUGCCAUUACCUACAUGUUUGACCAAUGACCAGCUCAGACAUUACUGUAGUGAUGUAUUUAUAGCUCAAGAACAUCAACGCCGAUUUGGAGAUAUAAUGAUGCCUCUAAGCAACUAUCUUAGGUCAAGUGGAAGCAAUAUCGGCAUCAGUAAAGUCUUUUCUGGAGGUUCCAGAUCAGGUGAUACAUUGCUCAAUACCCUUUCGGAUCCAGAAGUCAUUUCUGAAGAAGAUGCUGCUUUGGCCACAGACCUAACCAGAGCGUUAUCACAAGCAACAUUUAAGUAUCGACUAAAGCAGAAGAACUUUACUGGUUUGGAAAUCCAAGGAAAGAAAUGAGUGUCUUGAUUAGUGACGAGUCCAUUAUGUGAAUAUACCAAGCUACCUAACUACCAAGGGUCAUCUCUCUAUCAUAAUGCUGCUUGUAAUGUGGAGACAUAAUACCAAGCUACCUAACUACCAAGGGUCAUCUCUCUAUCAUAAUGCUGCUUGUAAUGUGGCGACAUAAUACCAAGCUACCUAACUACCAAGGGUCAUCUCUCUUUCAUAAUGCUGCUUGUAAUGUGGAGACAUAAUACCAAGCUACCUAACUACCAAGGGUCAUCUCUCUAUCAUAAUGCUGCUUGUAAUGUGGCGACAUAAUACCAAGCUACCUAACUACCAAGGGUCAUCUCUCUAUCAUAAUGCUGCUUGUAAUGUGGAGACAUAAUACCAAGCUACCUAACUACCAAGGGUCAUCUCUCUAUCAUAAUGCUGCUUGUAAUGUGGAGACAUAAUACCAAGCUACCUAACUACCAAGGGUCAUCUCUCUAUCAUAAUGCUGCUUGUAAUGUGGAGACAUAAUACCAAGCUACCUAACUACCAAGGGUCAUCUCUCUAUCAUAAUGCUGCUUGUAAUGUGGAGACAUAAUACCAAGCUACCUAACUACCAAGGGUCAUCUCUCUAUCAUAAUGCUGCUUGUAAUGUGGAGACAUAAUACCAAGCUACCUAACUACCAAGGGUCAUCUCUCUAUCAUAAUGCUGCUUGUAAUGUGGCGACAUAUUCAUCAUCUUCAUCAGUGACUGCACAGCGAGCGGACACAAGCUUUUCCCAUUCUAUCCUGUCUUGCGCUAUUCUCCGAAUGUUAAUUGUCAGCAACCCACUUGCAAUCUCUAAUGUCCAUCUCCUACAACCUUAGACCCGUUAACAUAACUUUUGGAUAAAGUCACUUCAAAUAUUAAAGUAUUUUUCAUGAUUGUGGUGUAUUAUGCAAGUGUAUUAUACAAUUACACAAGUUUAUAUUAAGAUUACCUCUUUUAAAGGCAACUUUUAUUUGCUGUCAUCAUGAUGGAGACUCCCAAUCCUUAAUACAUCAUUAAUCCUGGAAGUUUGGUUUCUGUAUAGUCUACUCAUCGAUAGGUUUUUAUUUGUACAAGGAGCUUUUAGGCCAUUAUUUCCGGUAUAAAAUUUUCAGGAAAAAGAUUUUGAGAAAAAACAUUAGGUUCAUUAGGUACAUUAGGUACAUUAGGUAAUGUCAGACUUGCUGGGUAAACCCAUUGUUCUUAGCUAUUAAAGGCAGUGGACACUAUUGGUAAUUACUCAAAAUAAUGAUUAUCAUAAAACCUUUCUUGAUUACGAGUA